AAUGUUUCCAUACAUUUGAAUCAAAUAAUAUUUUACAGAAAAACGCUAGGUACCUACCUACUUACUAGACUCGUGUUUACAAGUUUCUGUUACCAUGGUUCCAUCGAUCAAUGUAUGUAGGUGUUUUUGUUUAGUAUUUCUUUCACUUACUAAGUACAAUUUGUACAGUUUGUUUUAUUAGAAGCUUGGUAUAAUAGUUAAAAAUGGAUUACGAUUUAGCACGUAUCGAUUACACCCUUUGUGGCAUAACGUAUCCAGACGCUUUAAAAAUAUUACCAGUUACGGAACAGAAAUCACAACAGAAGUUCGUGGUAGGAGAUAAAAAUGGAGUAUUGCAAUGUCUUAGUAUAAAAGAUGAAGAACCGGUAGUUCAAUUCAAAACGUUGCCAGGAAAAUCUAUAACAUCAGUACAACUUGCAUCUUCUUCAGGUAACAGCGUUGAUAAAAUAUUCGCAGCUUCAGGAAACGAAGUAAAAGGCUACACAAAGAAAGGCAAAGUAUUUCUCAGUAUAGAAACUUCAGUAGCAGAAACCAUCACAUCUAUGUGCGUGUUGGGGAGUGACUUAGUUCUAUGUAGUGGUAGAACAGUCACGUUAUACAGAGAUUUGCAAGAAGUAUAUUGCUAUUUGUGUGAUGAUAGAGUUCUUGAUGCUGUCGCCUUUGCUACGCCAAAUAAUAUUCGAGUACGCCUUCUUGUACUUAUUGCUAACAAGGAAGCAGUAAUCAUUGAAAAUGGAAAUCUUUACAAGCGCACAUACAUUGCUGCUGGACCGACUCGUAUUACAGUACCAUCUUGUUUACAUGCUACGGACGUCUGUGCAUUUUAUGGUGGCGCCGAUGGUUCUAUUGGACUAAUAUUUUACGAGGAAUCAGAUUUAUCCAGCAAAUGUUUGGUGGAAGGAUGUGGGCUAGGUUCAGUUAUGUGCAUUGGCUGGUUUUAUAACAGUUCAGGCACGCAUCUGGCUGUUGGUCGGCACGAUGGCUCUAUACAACUGUACCUCAUUAACACAGACAAUUUGAGAGAAAAACCUCGACUAAAAUUCACUUAUUUUUCAGGUGAGCCGGUUACGUCAGUAUGUGGAGGUUGCAUAGGAACUGAUGAGCCAGAGUUACUCGCAGCAACUUUUUCGGGAAGAAUAUUCGGUUUACGAUCACGCAGACUUGUCUCAGGAAAUAUAUCCUCAAGUAAUACUAAAACAGUAGAUGCUUUUGUUACACGUCGUUCAAAGUUGGAGACUGAAAUCGCAAGAUUAGAAAAACAAACAGUACAUGAACGAGAAAAAUAUCAACGUAAUACUCAUUCCAUGUUCCCCGGAAUAUCAGCACCGCCUCUGUUGGAUAUUCAAUAUGAGCUUUCAGGAGCGACACGCAAUAGUUGGCAAGAAGCAAAAAUAAUAUCUGCAGUUGCUUUGGAUAUGCUCUUUAUAUACUGUGCUAACAAACUUGAUAUACAGACAGAUAGUGCCGCCGUACUUAGCGUGUGUUCAGCACAGGAAUCAAAAAACACAGAGCUUCUUGCAACAGUGAGAUGUCAAGCAGGUACUAGACGACUCUGGUUACGUAUGCGCGUGCUAUCUUUGGGGGAGACGCACAUGGAGGGCACGCGGGUUCUCAUUUACAUAUUGCCGGCUGGUGCUCCAAGAGUAGCGCGAUUAAUUAAGCUACAUUUGCCAACUUUACCACACUACUCUAAAUAUAAACCAUUAGAAGUGGAAGAUAAAAAUUGUUCUUGGUGUGAGAUGCGUGUGUCAGGAGGUUUUUCAGUAGCUGAAAUGACAUCCUGGUUAGCAGAAGCUCUUCCGGGAGAAUUACCUCGCCCAGCUAAUAAUGUAGCUUUUGCACGUUCUCACAAUAUUCUCGGAACAUCGCUUAUUUGUCGAUAUCAAAGAGGCCUGGCGGUUUUUAAGUCGGACAACAUAUCCACGAUAGCAGUACUAAAAGAUGUUAUUUCUAACUGUUGCGUAAAGCGUAGUAUACGAGCUGAUGUAUCAUGUGAUAUUCCCGAAAAUUACUGUAUCAUAUCAUUUAAUAAUAUCAAAGAAAAAUUUAAAAUGGAAUACAACAAAAACAAGGAAAUUGAGAUACAGAAAGCAAUAAGGUCUUUAGAUUUGAACGAUGUUUCAAAAAAUGAUGAAAACCAACAAAUGCUAUGCAAGGACUACCUGAAAAUAUUGCAACAAUCAGAUGAUGAAGUCGAAGAAACAAAUUUUGAAGAAUUAAUAGAAACCGUGAAGAGUUGGUAUAUGGAUUGGUGCAAAUUAUCAUUGAAUCAUUUCCACAGUAACGAAAUAAUGACACUUCAAAAUGCUCUGGAAAUAUGUAAGGUGGAAGAUGUAGAGGAAAUUUUAACUUUUAAACAUUAAAGUACUGUGAAGUACC